UUAUAGAGCCUAAGCUGUAUGCAGAAUUUGUAAAUAUCUCAUAAGAUUCAUUAGUGACACUUUUUAUUGAGACCUUGUGGACACUGUGAAUGGUUUACUAGAUCUUAUUAGACCAUAGGCAGGCGUUAAAAAAGUGAAAAAGAAGUGGCAAAACUUUAGAAACUUAAAAAAUGGCAACAAAGAUGGAGAACACUGGCCCGGCUGUCAUGGGAUUGAAUACACAUAACAGGCAGCUUUUAGGACAGCCUAAAGCCCCCUCUCAAUUAGGACCCCAAACUGUGAGUGCUCAGCCUGGAAAGGAGCCCAUGGUGACCCAGAAACCAGCCAAUGCAUCUCAGGAAAGACCUGGUAUCAGGUUUGGUGAUGACUGGAAGAAAAGCCUACAGCUCCCCGCUAAGGACAGUAGAGUCAAAACUUCUGAUGUGACUGCAACCAAAGGGAAUGAGUUUGAGGACUACUGUCUAAAAAGAGAGCUGCUGAUGGGCAUUUUUGAGAUGGGCUGGGAAAAGCCCUCCCCCAUUCAGGAAUAG